CCGGGCUUCCUCAGAAUCAAGGGUCUAGACCCCAACACGCCUCCCUCAGACCACGAGAGCCUUCCUUCUUCAGAUCCCAGAGUCUUGGGUCUUCUUCCCCUAAAAGCCUCAGUUCAGGACCCAGCUCUUCCUGCUCAGACUCACGUUCCCAAAACCUGCCUCCCUCAGCCUCUAGGCUCACAGUUUUCAGUCUCAAGGAUUCCCUUCUCCAGACAUCUUCACCCCCUCUGACCCAAGCCAUGGGUGCCCCAGCCAUCCCAUGAGCCCAGGGCCAAUCCAGGACCUCCAUCAGGAACCAAGGAACACUUCUCACUAUGCCAGGGGAAUACUGCGCUCAGAUGCGAAUGGAAUCCAGGGAUUUUUCUACCCAUGGAGUUGUGAGGGAGAUGUGUGGGACCGAGAGAGCUGUGGGGGUCAGGCAGCAAUUGAGAACCCCAACCUCUGCCUACGCCUGCGGUGCUGCUACCGGGACGGUGUGUGCUAUCAUCAGCGGCCAGAUGAAAAUAUGCGGAGGAAGCAUAUGUGGGCACUGGGCUGGACCUGUGGCAGCCUACUCUUCCUGAUCACCAGUAUCUGUCUCUUCUGGUGGGCCAGGCGCCAAGACAUGCUGCACCUACCAAGGUUUCUACAUCGGAAAUGUAGUAAACUGUCAAAGACAGUCUCCUCACUGUCUAAGGACCGACGAUCGGCCAACAAGUCAACUACCGUUCUCCAAUCCCCAGGAGGCGAAGUAGAAACUGCAGCUGCAGUUUCCGGGGAGGACACAGGAGGUGAAGAAUAGGGCAACCCUGGAGGAUCCCUUAAUACAGAUAUAGCAUAUAAA